AUGGAGUCUAAUUUUUGCGAAAGGUGCAAUAAUAAUUCAUACAAUCCUCACAUAAAAUUUUGUGCAAAAUGUGAUGGUGCUCUUUGGACUAGCGACAUACCAUUAGCAUUAUACAAAUUAUUACUACAAGAACAAUUAUCGGUAGAAAAACCAAUUGAUUUAACACUUUGGACACCAUAUAAGAAUUUCGACUCGAUAGAGUACAUGAAAUCUGGUCGUUUCGCUGAUGUGUUCAAAGCAGAAUGGAAAGAAGGACCUAUAAGAAAUUGGGAUCCAACAAAUCGCCAUUUUGAGCGGUGUCCGAAUCAUAUUAUCAAGGCGCAUCUACAAUGCAAACGCAACGACUCUAUGGUUAGUUUACUUUACGCUGUUUCGCAGAAACCUCAAAGUAAUGAGAUCGUUCUUGUUAUGCGAUACGCAGAAUUGGGAGAUUUGAAGACGUUUCUCAAAUUAUCGGAGAAAGAUCCAAAACAUCUUUCACAUGAAGAAAGAAUAAUGAGAUUAGGGGAUGCAGCUUCGGCGCUUUCCGAUAUUCAUGAGAUUGGUCUAAUUCACGGGAAUAUUCAUAGUGGGAAUAUUCUUUUCACAAAAAAUAAUGCUCAUAUUUGUGAUUUUGGUCGAAAGUCAUUUAAUGAUUCUAGAAGUAUACGUGAUAUUUUGCCUUAUAUAGCACCUGAAGUGCUUCAACAUAAACCAUAUUCAAAAAAAGCCGACAUUUACGGAUUUGGAAUGAUAAUGUGGGAAAUGUUCACAUGUGAAAUGCCAUUCAAAGGCGUUCCUCACGAACUAAUUUGGAGAUGUUGGGAUCCAGAUCCAGAUAAUCGACCAAAUUCAUCCGAGAUUGUGGAAAUUCUUUACGAAUCAGCGGGUUGUUUUAUUGAUGAAGAUGAGGAAGAAGCACAAAACUGGUUUCAGUUGUUUGAUUCCGUUUCAGAAAUUCAACAAUCUUCUUACGGGAUUAGUGAUAUCGAGAAAGAUGAUGCAAUUGACAUUUAUUAA